AUGGACACGCUGCAUGUAAGCCACGCAAGUAAGGCCUCGAGUCGAAGUCAAUCGCCGUCUACGGCUGAUUUGGCGAGGGACCCGGCGGUUGUGACCGAUGACGCCGUUAUACGAUCUAGAGUUCAGUCGCCGUCUACAGCGCAUCAUGUCAUCAGUGAGCCGUCAUCAAACUCAUCGUCGCGUCACAGCGAACGAGGUGGCCUCCACGUCAAGUCACACUCCAGAGAAUUGGGAAACAAUCCGAUGUCGACCAACGCUGUUAACACUUCCAGAGAUUUGGAAGACUCGCCACAAAAGAAAAGCUUGUCGAACUUAUUGCCUGCGGUAGACUACACCUGUACCGUAUACAGUCCUAAUGUGUCAUACGCCUUAUCAUCAGCGGACGAAUAUGGCUCACCAACUUAUAGAGCUCAAGAUGGCGAUUAUUCUAAUCAGGACGAUUAUGACAACAGUUCGAAUUCGACGUCAGCAAAAGCUGUAGCUGCAAUUGCGCACCUCAACAGCAAGAUAGAACGCACGAAAGACCUGAUUCGACUUGAGCAGACUAACCGAGAUGAGAACGUGAACGAAUACCUAAAGCUGGCGGCGAAUGCGGACAAACAGCAGUUACAGCGUAUCAAGGCAGUGUUCGAGAAGAAAAACCAAAAGAGUGCGCUUUGUAUCGCGCAGUUGCAGAAGAAGCUGGAGGGCUACAACAAACGCAUCAGGAAUUGGGAGCAACAUGGUACAAGUGGACAAGCACACAGACAACCAAGAGAAGUUUUACGUGAUAUGGGACAAGGUCUGAAAAAUGUUGGUGGAAACAUUCGCGAUGGCAUCACCGGACUUGGUGGCAGCGUAAUGGCGGCGCCGCGGGAGUUCGCGCAUCUUUUCUCUCGCUCUAACCGUUUCGGCUCCGCUGACAACAUCGCACAACUUGCCGAGAACACGGGUCCUUCGAACGCGUCGUCUGAAGGCUCCCGGGCUUCCGAAGUGGGCGAAGCAACAGCACCACGCGGCUCCACUUUACCGAGAGCGGCGACUUCGCCAGCGCCCAAAUACUCGCCCGAUGCAUCACCGAGUUCGUCCGUCACUAGUGAAGGCGCGCCAUACCAGACGCAGCAGGGAUCAAAUAACUUAACAGAAGCGGCGUUUUCCAUAAAACCCAUUCUGAACGAGUUACGCGAGCGCAGAGAGGACUACGAGCGGCUCGCUGAGAAAAUAGAUGCACUUAAAAAUCUAUCGCAAGAGGUGUCAUUUUUGUCGGCCGCGCUUCAAGAGGAGCGAUUCAAGACGGAACGUCUUGAAGAGCAAAUUAAUGAUCUCACUGAAUUACAUCAAAAUGAGGUGGAAAAUCUAAAACAAGCUUUAACAGACGUGGAAGAGAAGGUUCAAUAUCAAAGUGAAGAAAGAAUAAGAGACAUACACGAAGCCCUUGAUCUAUGCCAAACGAAAAUCGGCAAGUUGGAGCAGUGGGCGGCGGGUGGGGCGGGCGGCGCGGGUGGUGCGGGCGGUGCGGGUGAGGCGGGCGGCGCUGCCGCGCUGCCGCCGCGCCUGCUGCUGGUGAAGCUGCUCAACGUGGCGCUGACGCUGUUGCAGCUCGUGCUGCUGCUCGUCGCCACCGUCGCCGGUGUCACCAUGCCCUUCCUGCGCACUAGAGUAAGAGUAUUAACAACCAGUUUAGUGGUAAUGGUGGGCGUGAUGAUAUUGAAGCAGUGGCCCGAGGUGACGCAACUCUCCGACCAUCUUGUGUGGCGACUAAAGAAGUACCUUCUAGAUAAACACAGCGAAAGGUAUGAAUGCAAGUCAUUAUGUGGUUGA